AUGCCUCAUCGCCAACACGACCACAGAGCCACCGCCAGAGACGUAACCUUUCCUGCCAUCACCAGAGGUCAACGACCUCCAAGACCGAGGAGUCACGCUGACGCCAGCCACUGGAAACCAGCCCCAAGCGGUGGUAAAUUCUCCAUAGCAACUACCAUUCAAGAAUCGAUGACUUCUGCUCGUCUCCUGACCACUCAGCCAUUGCUAUCGGAGUCGUCAACGUCCAAACAUCAAACGUCGAAACGAGUCCUCCGAGACGAUGCCGAAAACUGGCUGGCGCAGCACUAG